AAAGGGGAAGUACAGAUAAGAGUGAACCAAAGAACAGAUGUGUGUGAAGUUAAUCUUUAGUUUCUGAGAAUUGAACAACGAUAAGAACAUUCGAUUGAUAUAGAAAACAAGUCGUCCAAAAUUUUUCAAGCUGCAAAAAAGAAAAAAUGUCAUUACUAAAUGUGAUUUGUCCCAUUUGUGCGGAGUUAUUUAAAAACGUCGAAGAUAUUUUCUGUACCAGUUGUGGACACGUUUUCCACUUUAAGUGUAUGAAUGAGUGGCAAGUGAGAUCAACCAGCUGCCCACAAUGUCGCUUCGCCAAUCCAACUACCCACAAAUUGUUCUUAAGUUUUGAUGAAACUGUUGACACUGUUGAAGCAUUGGAGAAAAAACUAAAGCAAUAUGCCGGGGAAAUAGCCGCUUUGGAAUUGAAGCAAAUAGAUAAGGAUACAUUACUAACGGAAUAUAAAUCUAAAAUUGCUAUUUUGGAAAAGGAUUUUCAGGCAUAUGAAUCUAAAAAUAGCUCACAUAUAGAAAACCAAAUAAGGCUGAGCAAUUCCCUUAAAUCUGCUCAUGACCAACUAGACGAAAAUACCAAAGUAAUUCGAAGCUUGGAGAAAAGUAACCACGAGAAAUCACAAAAAAUAAACGAGUUGAAUAAAACCAUUGCAAGAUUGGAGGAAAAUAAGUCGUCAAAGAAACCACUAGAAUCAGUAGAAUUAAAUGGGAAACAAGCAUUGAGCAGUGACGAGGCGUUAUGCACCAAACAAAAGGGUGCUGAGAAAGAAAAUACCUUAAACAUUUCAGAAUCAAAUGACAUUGAGGUAGUGAACAGCACCACCAUUGGCGAACUGAAAAAGACUAAAAUCAUUGCUUUAGAAGAAAGUCUAAUUCAAACCAAACAUCAACUAGAGGCAGAGGCCGCCAAAGUCAAACGACUAACUCUCGAGUGCAAUCGUUUGAAAACUGCAAAACUCAAUAAGUCGGAAAGGGACGAUAAGCAGAGCAAGGGCACAGACAGUGCACAAAUUAUGAUAUACCAAGAAAAAUUGAAAGCAAUGGAACAAAAACUAAAGCAUAUAUCGGAGGAGUUUAGCAAAGAGAUAACAAAGAGUACCCAAUUGGAAAUCGACAAAUUGAAAUUACAGAGCUAUAUAGAUCACAUGAAAAUAAAGACAAUAUGCUCCACCUCUAUGGAUAAUAAAGAAGAGCCAUUCGCGGUAACCAAUAUGAAGGACUUGACAAAGUUUGCCUCAUCUGCAGAAUCAAUUAAUUCUGAAGCCUCGUCUAGUCGAAGACAACCGAAGAAGACGGAUAAUGCUCAAUCUCGUGGAAUGCGAAAAGAUGAGAAUACUGCAAACAGCAUUAUCAUUCAGAACUACCCAUCACGGCAAUUACUAUAUCCCCUAGAGCAGACUAUCUUUCUGUUAGCUAAUCAAUUGCAAAUAUUUUUGAGAAGAGAGGACAUUCUUAAGGUAAACAUUGUUGGUCGCAAUGCUCCCAGACCGAAGGGCAACAUUUCAAUUUUUGUACAGUUUAUUAAUCGCGAUAUAAAAAACAAAUUCCUUGCCAGCAAGAGCAAGCUCAAUAGAAGUGACAAUAUCUUUUUCAGAUCCAUAUUGAUAAAGGAAUACAUCGAUGAAAGAGUACAUGAGGUGUUUCUUUAUGCCAAACAGAAACUUGUGGACAAUGGUUUUCCAUAUGUUUUCUGGACGAACAAUCAAGUAUUUGCCAAAAGACAUCUAACCGAUAUCAGAGGCAUACCAAUAUAUACACACAAACAAGUUGAUGAGCUUAUAAACAAACCUAAUGCAGAAUUGGAUAUUGAUUUUAACUUCCCGAACUUGAGUGCUCUUUAAACAUAGUUCGGCAUAGCUUAUCAACAAACCUAAUGCUGAAACUUAAUAGAUUUGUAAAUUUGUAUAGUUUGGAUUACAUACCUGAAUAUAUUAUAUUUGUCAAUUAA